CAUCGACUAUCCUCGUGCAUGAGGGGAUCUGGCUUAAAUCGGCAGGACAAACCAGGCAGGUCAUGGAGAUGGCGAUGGCACACAAGUCCAGCUGAAUUUGAGGGUGGGGCUCAUGCGCAGCUGCUAGGAGCCAUGCCCGAGUCAACAUCAAGCCCUUCUUCCCGUCCCCUUCAUGAGCAGAUUCAUACAUUUGUCCAUGAGUUUCGGAAGCCUCGUCAUGCGCACGCCCAAUGGCCCCAGUGGGCCUGCGCAUGUCAAGUCCUCUGAACAAGCUCAUCGUCGCCUGCUCAGCCCUGACUGUUGCCCUGGAUCCAUGGCCAGGGCAACUUGUCACCUUCAGUUUGUGAGUGCUCAGUGGUACAAAUCACAAUCUUACAGCUCGAGGUAGAUCAUUGGACAAGACGCCCAGGUUCUCGAUCCGACUGAUCGAUCGUUUUGGUAUGUCAGGAUACUGAAUAUUGGAGCUUGGCGUAGAUUAUCGAGAAGUCUUAAGGGUGCCCCGAUGACGAUCGUGAGACCUACUAAAUCGAUGGCGGUUGCUUCAUCUUUGGUGCGACCGAAGAGCAGAGACUGAUCGACUCAGAGACCUUGUGCGUGAUUCUGCUCGAAGUAGUGAUUCCUUUUUUUUCGUUGCUGAUCUACUAGAUGGAUCUUAUCAAUCCAUCAGCCUCGGAUGUUGGGUCUUAGAGAAGAUGGUUAAAAAGAGUUGUCGGAGAGAGUUGCAAGGACUUUUGGCUACUUCUCAGAAGAAGUUAGUCCCCUGAAGUAUCUUCAUCCUUUCCAGCACCUAGGAGGCAUAAGCAGAAAUGAGCGAAGACCGUUUUUGGAUCACGCGUCAUGCUGUUGCUUCAUUCUGUAUUGGUUUGUUAUGCAUCGAAGAAUUUCUCGAAGGUUUCACGCGACAACCUCAUUCACAACCUCAUUCGUCACCG